AUGUGGCCGACAAGUGUCGAAGCUCUCCGGUUCUACCACACAUUCGCCUUUUCACCGGGACGACAGCAACUGAUUGAAUUAUCGGUUGUUCUUCUGAUUUCCACGUUAUGUGUGACGUCAUCAAAUGCAGAUGCAAUACCAGCUCCUUCUCCAGAAGCCUCUUUGGGUGCAGGAGCGAAUCCGUUCCUGUUGGAGUCAUUGGUCAAAAGGUUACCCAAAAAAGGAGACAAACGAGAAAUUCUAAUCAGUUACCUGGCAGCAGUUCCUACAUUAAUGGGCGAAAUCGAUCAAUAUCUGCUCAAUCUAUCCGCUUCCAAUUCUGCCCAAAAUUCCUCAAAAGAUCGAGAGAGUUUCUCCAAAAAACUGAAUCAAAUCGUGCACUGUCUAACUACUGAUGCAUAUGUUUCUGUUGUUUCUGGUGCUCUUGUAGCUGCAAUCGUAGAAAUUAAUCAAGAUUCAACAAUUAUUCCGGAUUACCAAUUGAAAUAUGUUUUUGGAAACACUUGUGGAAAUGAUUCUCAUAGUACUCGUUUAUUCAUGGAACACUGGCAAGCAGGAGCACGUGUAUUUAUUGGUCCCGAGAAGAAUUGCAAGACGGAAGCAGCUAUGGCCGCUUCUCAGAAUCUUCCAAUCAUCAGUUAUCGGUGUAACGAUCAAGAUAUCUCUCGUGAUGAUUACCAUUACCGUACUUUCGCACGUACUGUUCCACCAGCAGGAGAGAUUUUCAAAGCAUUCAUGGCUCUAAUGAAAGAAUACAAUUGGAGGAAGUUCUCAGUUGUCUACGAUGUCAAGAAAGGUCAAUCAAGAAAUGAACUUUUUGAAACACUGAAGAGAAUGAUGGAGACUGAAAACAAGUUCGAAGAGUAUAAGUUUGAAAUCAUGAAUGUUUCAAAACUGGAAUUCUCGAAAAUGGAUAUAAGUAGUCCACAGGAUAUUCAAAGUGUCGAAGAUGCAAUCACAUCAACCAUGAAGACAACCAGAAUUUAUCUAACCUUUGACAAUGUCCGACUUUUCCGUACAAUGUUAUCAAUAAUGGGAGAAUUGGGACUGACUGAACAGGGAUACAUGUUGAUUUAUGUGGACACUAACUACGAUUGGCUCAAUGUAUAUCAUGCAAUGAACAAUCACUUCCUGAGAAAUACCAUGACAUACUUGCAUCAUUCGUGGGACGCCAAUAACUCAUCAGAUCGUAAAAUGCUAGACUAUGCGAAAAGUGCUCUUUCCAUUAUUCCAACCCCAGUCAAAUUAAACAGUCAACGAUUUUAUAACUUCUGGAAAAAAGCCGGUGAUUACAUGCAUCAUUUUGGAGUUCAGAAGACUGACAAUUUAAAGGGAAAUCGAAUUGCCUGCUACCUUUACGAUGCAGUUUAUUUGUAUGCAAGAGCAAUUCAUGAACUGGUUGAGGAGUACGGUAGUGAUGAAUCAUAUGAUCCCACAGCUGAUGGAAAGGCAAUUAUCGACAGGAUAGUCAACAAAAAGUAUAGAAGUAUCCAAGGUUUCGACAUGAGAAUCGAUGAACGAGGAAACUCGAAAGGAAAUUUCUCUCUUUUGAGCUGGCAAGAAGUAACAUCAGUUGAUAAUAAAUCAGAUCCCAAGUACUAUCCACUGAAUCACGCCCUCGAUUUGACAGCCAUAUUUGUGGAAGCUCCUGAUAAAGAUCGUCUUCCGAUACUUCAAUUCAAGUCACCGAUGAUUAUUUGGCCGAACGGAAUUCCACCUCUUGAUGAACCAAAUUGUGGUUUCCAUGGAGAAAAUUGUCGGCAGAAAGGAGUAUUCAGUUAUGUAACCUUCAUUGUCAUGGUACUCAUUGCAAUUUUCUGUUUAAUCCUCACUGGUUUUACCUUGAACCUUCUCCGAAGUCGUCGUUUCGAGAAAGAAUUAUCGAUGAUUUGGAAGAUUGAUCCAUACGAAGUUCGUCGAGUGGUCGGAGCAGUGAACAACGAAUCGACUGCUUCCCUGAUGCAAUCAGAUGUGAUGCAAUUCGCCAAAACGAAGAUGCCUUGGUGGAGUAAAGCACCGAUUCAAGGAACUGGAAUGCGGGGACUUGCUUCGUACAAAGGGACUCUUGUUGGAUUGAAAGACUUUAUGUAUAACAGGAAGCCGAAAGAACUGACUCGUGAAGCGAAAAAGGAGUUGAGAGCAAUGCGUCAACUGGCUCAUCCGAAUGUGAACAACUUCCUUGGAAUUAUCGUUUGUCAACAAUGUGUUACCGUAGUCCGAGAGUAUUGUUCGAAAGGAUCACUAAACGAUAUUCUGAGAAAUGAGAAUCUGAAAUUGGAUCAUAUGUAUGUGGCUUCGUUUGUAGAUGAUUUGGUGAAGGGGAUGGUUUAUAUUCAUGAUUCCGAGCUGAAAAUGCAUGGAAAUCUGAAAUCAACCAACUGUCUCAUAACAUCUCGAUGGACCCUUCAAAUUGCUGAUUUCGGAUUACGAGAACUUCGUGACGGAAUUUUGUACGACAGCAAUUAUAAUAUCUGGGAAAACUUCUUAUGGACUGCUCCAGAAGGUAUGACGAUCAACGGAAUGACUCCCCUGAUGAAUCCACCAAGUCCAAAAGCUGAUGUUUACUCAUUCGGCAUCAUCUUUCAUGAGAUUUUCACAAGGGAAGGACCGUAUAAAAUCUAUGUUCAACGAGGAGAUGUGAACGGAGAAGGAGUACCGAAGAAAGAUAGUGUUGAGUGCAGAGCAUUGGUGGAGAAGACAGUUCGACGUGUCUACAGUGAUCCAUAUUUCCGUCCGGAUACUUCUGAUCUCGAAGUUCAAAACUAUGUGAAAGAAGUGAUGGCUGGAUGCUGGCAUCAUGAUCCAAGUCAACGACCGGAAUUCAAGUCAAUCAAAAACAAAUUGAAACCUCUCUUCCAUCAAAUUUACAAACAAAACAUCAUGGAUCAUAUGGUUUUGAUGAUGGAGAAAUAUCAAACACAACUUGAAGAUCUCGUUGAUGAGAGAACAAUUGAACUGAAAGAUGAACAACGGAGAAGUCAGCACCUUCUUCAAAGAAUGCUUCCAAGUUCAGUAGCAGAACAACUACUGGCUGGACAAGAUGUGAUUCCAGAAGCAUUCCCACCUGUGACUAUCUAUUUCUCUGAUAUUGUCGGGUUCACAACGAUUUCUGGAGAAUCGACUCCAAUGGAAGUGGUCACUUUCCUUAAUAAGCUUUACACUCUAUUUGAUAGCAUAAUUCGACGGUACGACGUUUACAAAGUGGAGACGAUUGGUGACGCCUACAUGGUCGUAUCUGGAGUUCCGCAGUACAAAACAAUGGAAUAUCAUGCUGAGCAGAUUGCAAUGAUGGCUAUUCAUAUUCUAUCAGCUGUCAGAACAUUCUCGAUUCCUCAUCGGACAGGAGAACAACUAAUGAUUCGAAUUGGAAUGCAUACGGGUCCUUGCGUUGCUGGAGUUGUCGGAAAAACUAUGCCAAGAUACACAUUAUUCGGAGAUACAGUCAAUACAGCAUCUCGAAUGGAAAGUAACGGAGAAGCACUCAGAAUUCAUUGCUCUUCUUCAACUCAGAAAGUGCUUGCAUCUAUUGAUCAAGGCUUUUUGUUAGAAGAACGAGGAACAAUGGCAAUCAAGGGAAAAGGACAGAUGACAACAUAUUGGUUGAAUGGAAGAGCUGGAUACGAAUUCACAGAUACCAUCGAGGAUAAAAUGGUUGUUCCGGAUAUCUUCCCUCGUCCAAAUCUGAAGAAUCGAGGAUCUAGUUGGGGUGUCAAUCGUGAAUCAUCGUUGUCUUUGGCUACUGAAAAGAGCAGUCAAAUAAUGAAAAGACAAUCAGCUGCAUUGGUUCGGACGAAUCACGAUGUGAUAUAUUACAAUCAACCAUUGAAUAGUGGUGGAUUCACUUCACGGGGCACUUCUAACCGAGAAAUGCCAAAACUUUAUGAAGAAGAUCGAGAAAGUUUAAUCAAUCAAUCGGCAUCUUUGUUCGGAUCGAAAAAUUCUGGAAGAAAAAAAAGCAACGCCUCGAAGUACAACGGAUUCAGUGCAUCUAGAAUUUUCGCAUCCACUAUAUCGAAUGCAUCCUCUUCUCGACCAUCUCGUCCAUCAACUUUUGACCAUGAUACCUUGGCUCUCCGAAAACGAUCAACCUCACUUCCAGACGGAGAGAAAUUGAAUUUAGAAUUCAUUGACGUACCAAAUAUUGCCAACAAUUCUGUCCCAGCUAUUCCUAAUAAUUUGGAAGAUCUGGAGCCAUCAUUCCGACGAGCAAGUAUUCUUGAUGGAUACAGUUCCCAAUCUGAUUCACCGUCUCAAAGUCAAUAUCCAUCAUAUCGAGAUUUGACAACAGCUCCCCAUCAAAGGAAACGGGGAAUAGUCACCGUUUUCCCAACACGCAAACGUUCUUUGUCAUGUGGAGAUGCAGUUCCUGUGAAAGUAAACGAGAAUGGAACAUCAGGAGCAAUAACAACUGCUGCUUCACCGAGACCCACCUCUAGAACAUUGGAUGGAACAAUGAAAUUGGCUGCAAGGGCUUCAAGUCCAGAUGAAAUCAUUUUCCAGGAAGACGAUGAGCAUGCUCUAAUUGACAAUGACUCGUUCUUAACAACAUCAAACAGUGAUCCCAAGAAGGAAGAUGGACUCAGAUCUUGUCCCCAACCACGGAGGAAAAACAAGCAUUUGUUCCUCCGUGAUCCAUCCCCACUAGCAAAAAGAAUACGAGAUGCAUCGCCAUUUGGAAAGAAAAAGCCGUUUUGGAAUUCGAAUAAAAGCAACGAGCACACUUCGUCCCCGGCAGAUUCGAUUUCCCGACUAUUCCGUCGGUUUCGGAGUGGUGGAAAUGGUAAUGAGUAUGCUGAUUUGAAUCAUUACGAUGAAGAAGAUCUUGGAAGUGGAGUAUACGAAAUGGAAGAGAUAACUGGAGCACAGAAACAUGAAUUCACUAAUGGAACAAGAACAAAUCGUUCAGUCUCGUGUUCUCCAGUUGAUGAUUGUGGUACUUUAACAGACAAUUCGGAGCCUCUUCUCUCAAUUCCAUCAUCCUCAGUCGGAGAUUCUUCUAUCUCAACGUCACUUUCUUGUUCAUAA